GCGAGGGAGGCAGAGCGCGGCGUUGCUGCUGCUGCGAGAGCUGGAGGCGGGCGGAGGGCGGACCGGCAGUCUCGAGCGCCGUCGCUGCGUUCCCCGGGUGCAGCGAGGCAGCGGAGGCGAGCAGCCAAGGCAGCGCCGGGAAGCCCCGGCGGGAGGAGGGCGGUUGUCGGUCCGCGGCUCCCCUCGCUCCUCUUCCUGGCUCGGCGAAGGUUGGGCAAUCCUCGGGCGGAGGCAGGGAAGCCGCGCACGUGCGGGGCGGGCAGGAGGCGGCUAGAAAAGGAGCCGCGCGACGGACGCCGGCCAGGCUCGGAUGCAGCCCGUGAGGCGAGCCCUGCGCCGGAGUCUCGGGCCGCUUCCUCCGCCGUCUGGCCGCAGCGGCUCUCGCCCGGCUGGGGCGCUCUCCGCCUCGCGCGUCAUCCCCACUCCGGCGGGCACCGGGGGGGGACGAGAGGCGCCUCCGCCCUCCGCACGGGGAGGCUUGUUGACGAGCCGGUUUGGCCACUGGCCUCCUGCGUGUCAUAUUUUUAACUCGGCUUGGCCGCUGAAGCGCCGUCCAGAAGCCAGCGAAUAAAUAGCCCGCCUGUUGCCAAGUCGGAGCUUCGGCUGCGUAGUUCCAGCCCUCCCCUGGCAGGAUGAAAGCGCGGCUUGCCGCCUUUUUAGUGAGAGGUUGGACGGCUGGCUGUGCUCCUGAAGUUGGCAGCCCGCGCGUCGCCUCAGCAGGCAUCCUGGACGGUGCCAAGCGCCAAGGCUGGUAAAGCAGCCGGGAGCCACAAGGCGAGCGAACCCCCGAGUGGUUUUUCAGACCCCAAGCAUGGGGGGCAACCUGGGGUGUCACCGCUCCAUUCCCAGAGACCCCUCGGACUUAUGCCACAGCCGCAAGUUCAGUGCGGCGUGCAACUUCAGCAACAUCCUGGUGAACCAGGAGAGGCUGAACAUCAACACGGCCACAGAGGAAGAGCUCAUGACGCUCCCGGGGGUUACCAGGAUGGUGGCCCAGAACAUUGUAGAGUACCGGGAGUAUAUUGGGGGCUUCAAGAAAGUGGAGGAUUUGGCUCUGGUCAGCGGGGUGGGCGCCGCCAAGCUUGAGCAGGUGAAGUUUGAGAUUUGCGUCAGCAGCAAGGGGAACUCUGCCCAGCACUCGCCCAGCUCCCUGAGGAAAGACCAGAACCUGGACUACCUUUCUGCUGCUAAGAUCAACAUUAACACGGCCACGUCCGCUCAGCUCAUGAGCAUCCGCGGCAUCACUGAGAAAAUAGCCAACAGCAUCGUAGAGUACCGCAAGGAGCACGGGCCUUUCAAAAGCAUCGAGGACCUGGUCAAGAUGGACUGUAUCAACUCCUCGUUCUUGGACAAAAUCCGGCAUCAGAUCUUUGCGGAGAGGUCAAGGCCUCCGUCCACAAAUACCAACGGGGGCCUCAACUUCACGGUCAAGCCUCACCCAAGCCCCACCUCCCUCAGCCUCCAGAGUGAGGAUUUGGAUUUUCCACCUGGGGGGCCCACUCAGAUUAUCUCCACCCGUCCCACCGUGGAAAUGUUUGGUGGGGUGAGGGAUGGAAAGCCUGUACUGAGGGUAGCCACUUGGAAUCUGCAGAGCUGCUCAGCUGAGAAAGCCAACAACCCUGGUGUGCGAGAGGUUGUGUGCAUGACAGUUCUGGAGAACAGCAUCAAGCUUUUGGCUGUGCAGGAGUUGGUUGACAGAGAUGCACUGGAAAAGUUUUGUAUGGAGUUAAAUCAGCCAACUCUGCCAAACAUUCGCAAGUGGAGAGGCCCUCGAGGAUGCUGGAAGGGAAUUACUUCCGAGAAGCCCUCAGGCCAUUCCCAGAAGAGUGUGGAAUAUUCAGGCUUUUUGUGGGAUGUGACUGCUGGUAUAGAGCUAAAGGAUGCCACCUGCUAUGAGAACAUACACACAAAUGGGAACGGAAGGCAAGCAUAUCCUCAACCUUACGUUGCACACUUCAAGGUGGGAAUGAAUGAUCUAACGCUGGUUAACAUUCAUCUAGCCCCUUUGCCCUCAGUGGGAGAAAAUGCUGUGAAAAACCACGAUAGCCACAAAUUAGCAGCCUUUGCACAGACUCUGCAGGAAACACUGAAAGGAGAAAAAGAUGUGAUCAUGUUAGGAGAUUUCAGUCAAGCUCCAGACAGUAGCGACUGCGACCUAUUGAGGAAGGAAAAAUUCCAUCAUCUGGUCCCUGCCAACACGUUUACGAACAUCAGCACAAAGAACCCUCAGGGUUCGAAGUCACUGGACAACGUCUGGAUCAGUCGCAGUUUGAAAAAGAUUUUCACUGGUCAUUGGGCAGUGGUGAGAGAAGGUCUGACCAACCCCUGGAUCCCUGACAACUGGUCGUGGGGUGGAGUAGCCUCAAGCCAUUGCCCCGUGUUAGCUGAAUUCUACAUGGAAAGAGACUGGAACAGAAAGGAUGCAAUUCGUAAUGGAAACGGGGUGACGGUGGAACGCAGUGACUCAAAUGCUAAACAUGAGCGAUGAGGGUCUCCAAAGUCAAACCUCCAUUCCCGUGCCUGGAAAAGGACGGCCGGGAGAUCCCUUUGCUCAAGGCCUGACUGUGAACCAGAACUGCCUUUUUUCUCAUUUAUAAAGAAUCGGCUUCUGCUUUUAACAUCUCCUUACCCACCCCCUGCUCUGUGCCCCUCUGUGGAUGUUUGAGGGUAUCAUACUCCCAUAGAGUGGCUUGUGAUUUUUUUUUUUAAAUGGAGACAGGGUGGACACUUAUGUGCUUGGAUAACUGCAAAUAAAAUGCACUUUUUAAUACUGUA